CCACUCAGAUAACUGUCGACGGUAUUUAUCAGUCUAAGGCAGACCUUAUCCACCACUUAAUGUUGUACGCCAUAGAUAAUGGUUUUCAAUACACAACGCGCACAUCAAAGAAAACUGAGUUGCACGUUGUUUGUAAAGGUGAGGAAUGCAAAUGGGCUGUGAGGGCAGUUAAGCUACGUGGGGUCCAAAUGUUUCAAAUCAGAAGGUUUGAUUCAUCCCACACAUGUUCGGUCGAUUACAGGCAAGGGAAGCAUCGCCAAGCAACAUACCGCACUGUUGCAGAACUCAUUUCCCAUAAGUACUUGGAUGCUUCUAGAAAACCAUAUGUACCAAAUGAGAUACGUGAUGACAUGAGGCUCAUGCAUGGCAUCUCCAUGUCAUACAAGAAGGCAUGGAAAGCUCAAAAGUUGGCAAUGCAAAAGCAAUUCGGAUCAGAUGCUGAGUCUUAUCAGAUUUUACCUUCGAUGGCGUAUAUGCUCAAGAAUGCCAAUCCAGGUUCAUUUGUGGAUGUUACAACAGAUGAUAAUGACGUGUUUCGUUAUUUUUUCAUGUCACUUGCACCUUGGAGGGAUGCAUGGAAUUUUUGCAGACCUAUUCUAAUUGUAGAUGGAUCGUUUAUGAAG